CCGUCCUAUACAUACCCACUGCAUGGCCUACAGGGCCACAGAUAUCAGACAAAACAAACAGAAACACAUCAAAUGGCUACAAUCUACAAGACAGCCAUUCCAUCCCAACACCCCACCCAAUUGUCUCUACUCCAGUUACCCCGAACAAGUAAACUACAAACAUCAGCUCUACAGCCCCAGAACCAGCCCAUCCCCGCAACGCCAGCAUCAAAAGAAAGGCAACUAAUCAAGGCAAAUGAAAACGAAGGAGCAGGCAGAUCCCGGCAGCAAGGACAGAACGCAGAAAGCGACACCCCCAUGCGACUAGGAACAGGCAAGUAACCAAGCCCUCCUUACAUGGUCAUCACGGUAAUAAUUCACCCCUCCAUCCAUGAGAGGGGCAAUCAGCAAGGAGAGAUAAAAUGAAAUAAAAUAGAAAAGAAAAAAGAAGAGAAGGGAGGAGGGGGGAAGCCCCUCGCCGAUGUCUGUCAUACAUGCUUAUCGCAAUAAGAAAGAGCUGCAGGCAGGCAUCUCAUCUCAUCUCAU